UUCAAAUAUAUGUAUUAUAAAAGCAAUGAAGCAUCAGAUAAUAGUAAAACACUUGUAUACACUAUAAACAAAUUCUCAAACUUGCAGCUGGCCUGGAAAGUUUUUGAUGGACAGUUGUUCUAACAUAAUUGACUUGUCAAACAAAAACUCUGCCUAUGUUGUCUACAUAAUUAUACCUUUACCUUCCUUGUAACAUGAGCUUCAAAACAAUAUUGGGUUAGCAUGGAUAAGCCCCUCAGUGGUUCUGGUGUAAGUUUGAGUGCUAAUAAAGCUAAAAAUUGAGUUUCAGUACCAGCAAUGGUCAGAGCACAGAUAACCUAUUGUGUAGCUUUGUGUUUAACAAUAAACAAGUGCACAUGGAUAUCAUGCAGAAAUAUGGCUCAUUAUUGGAAGGAAGAGUAAGCAUACUGAAAGUGAGAGGCUGGGAAAAAAUCUAAAGUUACAAACUUCUAAACACAUUAUCUGCUGUAAAAUGUCAUAUAUUCUGAAGUCUUAAGCAUAAGGUUCUUAAGAAAAUUUUACAGAAAUUAAUUCAAAAUACAGUAAAAUCAACUUUUACAGUAGGCAUGUUGUUAUUUUAGUAAUGAUGACAUUUCAACCCAUAGUGUUGAGUCAUGAUCAGGUGAAAGUUACACUCAAAGACAGUGGAAUUUGAAAGAAUGAUACAGACUCAUGUUCAUGAGGAUAAUUUUGCAGGUGGCAUUAAAUUAAAUAUUUUAAGUAUUUAUUUGUAAGUAUAUGUUGAAAACAUGUGUCUUUUGUUAAUAAGUAUAGUUUUAUACAUGUGUAUAUAUUUACCUCUAGGACUAUUGUACAGUGCUAAUUCCUCCCCAUGUGCCUCAAACUCUGUAUGCUUAUAUUAAUGGAGAAUCAAUACUGAUCUACAUCAUAUGGAUUUUGUUUCAAGCCAUUUUAGUUUGCUUACCUUUUGGAAAUGUGGUUGAGGGAUUUCCAGUUUUGGGGAAGAAAAAGACUCACAUUUGGAAGUAUCGCAUGAAUGGUUUUGCUGAACUGAUUGUGAGUCUUCUGGUGCUCUUCGUUUUAGGAUAUUUUAACUUUCCACUGACAUUUGUGUACUCCCAUUUCAUUCAUCUGAUAGUUGCUUCAGUCCUUUUUUCAUUUGUGUUUUCUGUUUGGUUGUAUUUCAAAUCAUUCCAAGCUCCAACGUAUAACAUCAAUCCUGAAGCUACAACUGGGUACCAAUAUUAUGAUUUCUUUGUUGGACGAGAAGUCCAUCCUCGAAUUGGAAAGAUGUUUGACAUCAAGCUAUUUGUUCUGAAUGCUGGAAUGAUUUCUUGGGCUGUGGUGGAUGUCUGUUUGGUUUUCAAGUCUUUUAUGGACAAAGGAUGUGUUAAUUACCCACUUGCUUUGACUGCAGUUUUUCAACUAAUCUACAUUAUAAACUAUCUUUGGCAUGCUGAAUAUUUUCUCAGUUCAACAACCAUUCAAUAUGAAGGAGUUGGAUACCAGCUCAUCAUUGUUUUUUUUACCCUGACACCAUUUUUCUACUGCAUCCCAGUGUUGUAUUUGGUCAACUACAGACAGUAUGUUUCGAAUUACUGUAUUUUUGGAAUAGCUGCUCUUUAUAGUUUAGGUCUGUACAUAUACACACAAUCCAACAGAGAAAAGUACAUGUUCAGGAGAAACGCUCAUGAUCGAUCUUUAAUAAAUUUGGAAUCAAUUCCAUCUUUGAAUGGCAAGCGGCUUUUAAUAUCAGGAUGGUGGGGUUUUGUUCGUCAUCCAAAUAAGUUAGGUGAUAUUAUCAUCUUUGUCGCCUGGACUUUGCCAUGUGGAUUUGAAAACAUCUUCCCAUAUCUGCCAGCAUUUUUUGUCAUAAUGUACUUGGUUUACCAGGUUUUGAAGUCUGAAAGAAAAUGUGAAAUUCGUCAUGGUGCUGCUUGGAUUCGAUAUACUUCUUGUGUUCAGUCUCGUAUUUUUCCCCAAGUAUUUUGAUACGUUUGUUAGUGUCCUCAUGUCACAUUACAGUUGCAUGUUAAUAUGCGUCAUCUGGUGUACAUUGGGUAAACACUGAUACAAUUCGUGAGUUAUUAAACUAUUUUCAAGAAAAUAAGGUUUUAAUUUUGUGCUCAUAAACAUAUUUAUUAAACAGACCUUGUAAAGGAUAAAUUUUUCAUAUGUAAAUCAAUUUCAUUAAAAAUGUAAAUUCAUGCACACUCUCGUUUACUAAAACCAAAGAAAAUGUUAUUUAUAACUUAUAUUGUUUAAUUCCAUCACUGGAGUACCAUAGUGAAUUACUAUCUUUUAAAAGUUUUUUGUUGUUGUUUCAAUAAUAUUAUUUUAGAAACUAGCUUUAAAUGGUAUGUCAAUUGUUUUGUUCUGAUAUGCAAAUUUAACUCACUUGUGUAUCAUAAAAGAUAACACCUCUAAACAAAAUUAUUAGUCAUUAGUUCAUUGAGGUUUUUCACUUUUUAUAAAAAGUUUCUAAAACUAUGAGAUUUAAAUAUACAUUUUUUUUAUAGGAUGUAAAAGAUUUUUAAGCAAAUAAAGCAUUAUUGAAUUCUCAGGAGUCUACUUAUCACAGCUGUCAUUAUUUUGUACACAUUACAUGUUCUAGCCAGUUGUUUUAUUGAGAACCUUAUGGAUGACUUAGAACUUGCUGCAAUAAAUAAAUUAUAUUACAUAAUCUAUGAAACUUUUAAAGAACAAAUUACAAGCUCAGUUUGAUACUAGUGUAAAAAAUUAUGCUGUACUCCCAAUGAAUUAUUAUUUCAGCAUUCUUGAUUUUUUAAUUUUUUUAUUUUUUAAUGAAAGGCUCCUUGUUGUUGGUUUGGUUGUAUGGUGUCAUUAGCCAGAUAGUUUCGUAGCAUAAUCACAUAAUGUUGCUGCUUAUUGAAAGAUAAAAUAGCUAUUUUGGUUCAUAUUAUAUACAAGUGUAUCUGAGUGGAGGGAUAACAUAACAUAAUGUUUAGGGACAACAAGGGACCUACUGGUCUAUCUCAGCUGUCCCAUUCUCUAAACUAU